AUGGGUGGUCAUGGACAUCAUCACGAACCCCCCUACAAGGUUCCCAGUGCCGAUAUCUAUAAAAUCGAGGAUGCACCAGUGCUCAUGAAGCUCCAAGAAAACCUAGCCAAGGUUGGACUGAAGGAUCCCUGGGCCAGGAAUUAUGUCUGGUGUUAUCAGAAAAAAUUUGGCACUCCAUGGAGCCGAUUGGGUUGGGUGCUAUUCACAGGAGUGCCAACAGGUGUAAUUGCAUUUGGAAUAACAAUUGCUGUCGAAAAUUACCUGGGGAUUGACUACCAUCCCUGGCAUCAUCACGACGAUCAUGGAAAGGACCACUAG